CCGCCGCCGCUGCCUGGAUAUAGUGCGGCAAGGCGCGGAGCUUGCAGUCACUUUGCGAGGAGGAGCGCGCGGGCUGCGGGUGGCUGGGGCAGCCAGGAGCAGCGGCGGGCUAGCAGAGGCGGCCGUGGCAGCGGAAGGUUCUCUCUCCGGGGCUGGACUUAAUAACUUUGGAACUGUCCGCCGGUGUCACGUCCUGAACAUGAGCCUCCUCCUCUCCUUCUACCUGCUCGGGUUGCUUGUCAGUAGCGGGCAAGCUCUUCUUCAAGUGACAAUUUCACUUAGCAAAGUAGAGCUCAGUGUGGGUGAAUCUAAAUUCUUCACAUGUACAGCCAUUGGUGAGCCUGAGAGUAUAGAUUGGUAUAAUCCUCAAGGAGAGAAGAUCAUUUCCACACAGAGGGUGAUGGUCCAGAAGGAAGGUGUCAGGUCACGACUAACCAUUUAUAACGCAAACAUAGAAGAUGCAGGGAUUUAUCGCUGCCAAGCGACAGAUGACAAAGGCCAGACACAAGAAGCUACAGUAGUUCUGGAAAUUUACCAGAAACUCACCUUCAGAGAAGUGGUAUCCCCUCAAGAAUUCAAGCAAGGGGAGGACGCGGAAGUGGUCUGCAGGGUUAGCAGCUCACCGGCCCCUGCUGUCAGCUGGCUGUAUCACAAUGAGGAGGUCACCACCAUUCCCGACAAUCGUUUUGCUGUGCUUGCAAACAAUAACUUGCAGAUUCUCAACAUCAAUAAAAGUGAUGAAGGUAUAUACAGAUGUGAAGGAAGAGUGGAGGCAAGGGGAGAGAUUGACUUCCGGGAUAUCAUUGUUAUUGUCAAUGUUCCACCAGUCAUCGUGAUGCCCCAAAAGUCCUUCAAUGCUACUGCAGAGAGAGGAGAAGAGAUGACAUUAACUUGUAGGGCCUCAGGCUCUCCAGAUCCUACCAUCUCUUGGUUUCGGAAUGGCAAGCUCAUUGAAGAAAAUGAAAAAUACAUCUUAAAGGGCAGUAAUACAGAACUCACGGUCAGAAAUAUAAUCAACAAAGAUGGUGGUUCUUAUGUCUGCAAAGCCACAAAUAAGGCAGGAGAAGAUGAAAAGCAGGCUUUCCUUCAAGUCUUUGUACAGCCGCAUAUAUUACAACUUCAGAAUGAGACAACAUCUGAGAAUGGUCAUGUCACACUCAUCUGUGAGGCAGAAGGCGAGCCUAUUCCAGAAAUCACCUGGAAAAGAGCAGUGGAUGGAGCCACAUUUUCUGAAGGUGAUAAGAGCCCAGAUGGCCGAAUUGAAGUCAAAGGUCAGCGGGGACAUUCGUCACUGCACAUCAGAGAUGUGAAGUUAUCGGAUUCAGGGAGAUAUGAUUGUGAGGCUGCUAGUAGGAUCGGUGGGCACCAGAGAAGCAUGCAUCUUGACAUUGAAUAUGCUCCUAAGUUUGUUUCAAAUCAGACAAUGUACUAUUCUUGGGAAGGAAAUCCAAUCAAUAUAAGUUGUGAUGUGACAUCAAAUCCACCUGCAUCAAUCCAUUGGAGAAGAGAGAAAUUGGUCUUACCAGCUAAAAAUACCACUCAUUUAAAGACAUACAGUGUCGGGAGAAAGAUGAUACUAGAGAUUGCCCCUACAUCAGAAAAUGACUUUGGACGAUAUAACUGCACUGCUACUAACCGUAUAGGAACAAGGUUUCAGGAAUAUAUUCUAGAGUUAGCAGAUGUACCCUCUAGUCCUCAUGGAGUGAAGAUCGUAGACCUGUCUCAGACUACAGCCAAGAUCUUGUUCAACAAACCUGACUCCCACGGAGGUGUGCCUAUUCAUCACUAUCAAGUGGAUGUCAAAGAAAUGGCAUCAGAAACCUGGAAAAUAGUACGCUCCCAUGGAGUUCAAACAAUGGUUGUCUUGAGCAGCCUGGAACCAAAUACAACUUAUGAAACCAGGGUUGCAGCAGUAAAUGGAAAAGGUCAAGGGGACUACAGUAAAAUAGAAAUAUUCCAGACACUGCCAGUCCGUGAGCCAAGUCCCCCUUCCAUACAUGGACAGCCAAGCAGUGGGAAGAGUUUUAAAAUCAGCAUCACAAAACAGGAUGAUGGAGGGGCUCCUAUUUUAGAAUACAUUGUGAAAUACAGAAGUAAAGAUAAGGAAGACCAGUGGCUGGAGAAGAAGGUGCAGGGGAAUAAAGACCACAUUAUUCUGGAACAUCUGCAGUGGACGAUGGGCUACGAGGUGCAAAUCACAGCUGCCAAUAGAUUGGGGUAUUCUGAGCCCACUGUAUACGAGUUCAGCAUGCCCCCAAAGCCCAACAUUAUUAAAGAUAAUUGCUGUGAAGAGAAUACAGGUGAAAAUGGAGGCCAGUCAUGGCAGCUGAACGCUCUUGGGUUUUCUCUCAUUAUCACUAUGAGUUUGUCUUGCUUGUUUUAAUGUUAUUGUCUUCUAUGGUAUUGCCUGAACAGAAAUAACGAGAAGAGUAGCAACAGAAUAAUCAAAUAGUAUAACCAAAAUUUUUGCAGUCCAAUUUAUGUUUUUAACAAUUAGCCUCUUUCUGUCCUUACCAACAUAAAAACAUUCCAGAAAUAUUUAUUCUCUCAACUAUUUUUUAACAACAAUAUGCUUUGAUGUAAAGCCUUCAUUUCACAAAGAAAACAUAGCUAUAAAUAGUGUCUGUUGUAUAUUGAACUUAAGCAUUUUAUAUGACCAGUCCUUUUUUAUUUAAUUAGUUGCAAAUAUAAUCAACAUCCCUAGGUAUUAAGCAUGUAAAAAUUGUGGUUUUAUAUAAUUGUGAGUCACCUUAUUAGCCUUUU